UCGGAAAUGCUUAAGUAGUCGAUGGGAACCUGACCAAAGUCGCUGCAGCCAGCCGGUGGUAGCUGAAGGAAUCUGGCUGGGAGAUCGGACUGAGCAGCCUCUCGCUCAGUGAGGUAGAACCGCUGAGAGCUGAUAAAUUCAGCCUUCGUCUCGGCGGGAAUACAGACCUUUGUGAGCAGCGGGAACAGGAGACCACUACGAUGGCAGUGCUGGGCAGCGCCGGUCGCUUGGUUCACUUUGCCAGGUGCAGCGUGAGACUGAGUGUGAGGAGACGCUCCACUGCUGCUGCUUUAGCCCAGACUCUUACUCCAGAAACCCAGGAGAACAGAAAACCCAAGACGGGCAUCCUGAUGCUGAACAUGGGAGGACCUGAGAAACUAGAAGACGUUCACGACUUCCUGCUGCGGCUCUUCAUGGACACAGACCUGAUGAAACUGCCUGUGCAGAACAAGCUGGGCCCAUUCAUAGCCAAGCGCCGCACGCCCAAGAUCCAGGAGCAGUACAGCAAGAUCGGAGGCGGCUCUCCCAUCAAACACUGGACCUCCAUGCAGGGAGAGGGCAUGGUGAAGCUGCUGGAUGAGACGAGCCCUGAGACAGCUCCUCACAAGUUUUACAUUGGCUUCCGGUACGUUCACCCACUGACAGAGGAAGCCAUCGAAGAGAUGGAGAAAGAUGGAGUCGAAAGAGCUGUGGCCUUCACCCAAUACCCUCAGUACAGCUGCUCCACCACAGGCAGCAGCCUCAACGCCAUCUACCGUUACUACAGCAACAGAGGUGAAAGGCCAAAAAUGCGCUGGAGUGUCAUCGACCGGUGGCCCACACACCCGCUGCUGGUGGAGUGUUUUGCAGAGCACGUCAGUAACGAGCUGAUGAAGUUCCCAGAAGAGAAGAGAGACGAUGUUGUCAUCCUGUUCUCUGCACACUCGCUCCCUCUGGCUGUUGUGAACAGAGGAGACCCGUACCCUCAGGAGGUGGGAGCCACAGUUCAGAGAGUCAUGGAGAGACUGGGACACUGUAACCCCUACAGGCUGGUGUGGCAGUCCAGGGUGGGGCCGAUGCCGUGGCUCGGGCCCCAGACGGACGAGGUCAUCAAAGGUCUCUGUGAACGGGGGAAGAAGAACAUCCUGCUGGUGCCGAUUGCCUUCACCUCCGACCACAUAGAGACUUUACAUGAACUUGACAUAGAGUACGGACAGGUGCUGGGGGAGGAGUGCGGGGUGGAGAACAUCAGGAGAGCAGAGUCACUGAAUGGAAACCCUCUGUUUAUGAAGGCGCUGGCGGACCUGGUGCAGUCCCACCUGAAGUCCAACGAGCCGUGCUCCCGCCAGCUGACCCUCCGGUGCCCGCUGUGCACCAACCCCGUCUGUGAGGAGACCAAGGCCUUCUUUGCCAGCCAGAAACGCUCGUAGACGCACAAACCCCAACGGCCUGACGCUCCUGCAGCCGCGUCAGGCGUCCCGUCAGCAACCUCAUGCCUUUCAGUAAGCAAACGUCCUGUGCACACGCAUACUCAACGGCCCAACCGGUGCUGGUUGGUCGUCCACUGGUUCCUGGCUCCAGACAGACAGCAGUUACUGGGUUUGGAGGAAUAAUUGGAGAAUUACCAGGUUCAUAAUCAGGCUAGUCAGUUUGUACUCUUAAGUACAAAAUUAAUGUGAUGAAUAAUAAAAAUGAAAAUAAAUUGAAUUUGAGUUGCCUUAAAAACUCACUUUAGAUAAAGUGGACAUUCUUGAUUUGGAACAAAAACAAACCUUCAGAGGUUUUGCAGAUGCUGUGUAACUGCUGAAGCUACAGGAAAAAAACCUUCUUCUAGUUAAAUGUGCUUAAGUUGCUCACCUUUCAUUUGCAUCAACCCCCUGCAAACCAAUGGGAGAGCCUGUUCCUCUUCUGCCGGUGCUACUUGAAAUGGGUCCCGACGCCACCACACUGAAAGCAGGUUCCCGGCCCCACUGUCGCACCCAGCCAGCCCGAACGCUCCGCCCACUCUGCUGCACUCCCUGUAAUGUGAUUGGUGGACAUGGGUCUUGCUCUAAAUGCUGCUUCCCGAUACAUGGACACACCGUAGGUUUAAAGGACAGGAAAGUGGGAUCAGGAGGAAACGGUGGUGCUUCGGCAGAAGACUAAGGUUUAAUAAUUAGAAUUUCAGCGCAUGUUGGUUAAUGAACAGGCAGCUGCAGCACAGUUCAAAUGAACAAAUGUGGAAACGUUACCAGAUCCUCAGGGCGCCCGAAAAUAAUGUUUGGCUUGUUUUAAGAUGCUGUAACUGGUUAUGAUUUGUUACUAUACACAUUCUCUUGUGUUUUAUCCUGUUUCUGCUUCACUGGAUUCAGCGACGACAAUAGAGUAACAUCAAAGUUUGCUUCAGGAAAAACGAUCACAGUUCAGUACAGAUGCCGUGCUUUAGUUUCUACAUGCAGUGUGCUCUUUUAGGAAUACGUGGUAGAGAAAAGUAGCAUUAACGUGUCAUGGAUGAGAGUCGACUGUGUCUCAUUUGACUUGAACUGUCUGUGUUUUACCUUUUUUAUUAUUUUGUUGCUGCUGCACUUAGAGCAAAUGUCCUGAAGGUUGCUGGUUUGAUCCCACUGCUACGCUGCUCUCUCUCUCGAGGUGAAACUAAUGUCACCUGUGACACCUUCUCUGCUGUUUUUGACCUGUUUUACACGAUAAUGUGCCUUUUUACACUGGCUCGCUAGACGUACUGGACUCGGCUUCAUGUCAGUUUUACAUAUGCUGAACAAAAAAAGAUCCAUCCUGAGACGGGACUCGUGUGUUCCUGCUGUGACGCCGCCGCUCACGUGUCCUCGCCGCCUUCAAAGUGCUGCAGGUCAGCUGACUAGACAGAGGCUUUGCAGACCUCUCAGCUAUAGGACACAAGUCAGCUGUUGACACCAUUCAAGCCUUUAUCAGUUAUCAGACAGCUGUAGCUAGAUAAUUAUGCAGUAAAUGAAUUCUGUGUAUUCACAUGGCCUCGUUUAGGUCAGCUGAUCACUUAACACUGAGUAGCUAUGUGUAAAUGUGAACCUGUCGUCACACUGGUCUGUCCUCACCCUUCACUAGCUUGUUGCGCUAACUCCUGCAGGUGGCGCUAGUUGGGAAUCUGUACUUUAUUCACGUUUUUCUUCCACUGUUACACAUCUGCAUACUUUCAUGUUUUUUUAGUCACUUCCACAGCUCUGAAUGACAUGGCUGUAAUAUUCCUUUACCCCAGGUUUAAAAUGGGAUCAGAUCUGAACUCUAAGUUUAAGAGACACAGGAUUUGUAAUUCUAGGCAGAAGGUUAAAAUUCCAGCUUCUGAAGUUUUAAAAUCAGAAGUAAAAUCCUCACGGUGGCGUUGAGAUGAUGAGACGCUUUGAAUUAUUUCAGCACAGCCUUCAGAUAAUCGCACAGAGCGGAGAACACGCAGACCUGCUUCACUGCGGUGCAGCUGUAAGAAGCGGAGACGAUGGGCAAAAGGUGGCGAGGUCACAGCAGCAGACAUGUCGCCCCUUUGAUGGCUGGGUUUUUCCUCCACAAACAUGUUUUCUAUUUUUUUAUCAUCCUGAGUGUUGGGUUUGACCUUUUCUGUUUGUGUGUGUGUGUGUUGAGCUUGACACGAGCUCCAGCAUUGCUUGUUGUUUGGAUUAAUUUAUUUUUAUUUUUUAUAUGUGUUUGAGAGACAUGGUUUUAACAGUGCGAUUAAAUAUGAUGACAAGUCUUCCUUUGAAAUAAAAUACAACUUGCUACUGCU